UGGAUAUCUGAGAUCAUUAUACACAUUACUACGAACUAAGUAGCAGAAACGUAAAUAAAUUGUCUUUUUGUAACGAAACAACUGAUGUUACAAAACGCUGAGAUGACUGAGGUGUAGUUGGAUUGAUCAUCUUAAGAAGUAAAAUCAAUAUUAGAUGGUAAUGAGCUAUCUGACUUAAAUAUUUGUGAAAUUAACUUUAGUUUCCAAUUUGCUAACUCCUCUGAGGGAUGAAUUAAUAAUAAUAGGCAUGAAUCAUGUGAUCUAGAUGGUAUGUAAGAUAUAUAAUAUAGCCUUGUAACGUCUUAAGCAUUUAAGGUAUAUGUUAAACCCAGUGUGGUAUACUGUCAUUAUUCGAACGACCAAUCAUAUUCCCAAUCCCAUUGAAAUGGUUGGUCUUAGUUUGUUGCUUAAGUAAAUCAAUAUAACUACCAGUGUGACAUCCAAGAAUGUGAUGUACUACUUAUGUUUUUUUUUCUGUUAUUAGAAAUGUCUUAUUGAGUGAUAAUCGUUUGUUAUUUUUUUUAAAAAUUUUAAAUAGAUAUUAAAUAAAUGUGUAUUUAGACAAAAAGUACAUUAACAUACUUCAGUAUUUCACUUUUGGACAGCUAAAUAUCUCUCGUAAGUAUUUCAUUAUUUCCCACUUCGGAACAAUAUUUGUUUAUGAUAAACAGUAUGAUGUACAGUCGUUUUGAGAAUGAGAAUCAAUCUUUGUGUAAUUCUUUAUCAUCAUCUUCAACAUCAUCUUUGACAUCUCCGACAGUAAUCCUCCACCAUCACCACCACCCAAAUCAUCACAGUCAUCAACAUCAGCAACAACAACAAUCACAAAUUGCACAACCCGAACAUCUUAAAACUUAUCGACAUAACUUGCAUCGUUUUGAUCAUCAUCAUCACCAUCAACAACGAGGGGAAUUGUCUCAUUCGGAUCCCGUACCGUUUUAUCACGAUAGUCCCAUGUUAUCAUGGAACCAAACAAAUUCACCGUCACAAUCAUUACCAUCUAAUUCAUUGAUGUUUCUUACAGCAAGUAAAAAUUUUCCUUUACAAUCCGAACAAAACCUAAUGGAAUCUAAUCCAAGUUUGGAUGUAUCAAGUCAACAUCAUUCAUGUCUAAAUCAUCAACAUCAUCAAGAGCAUACUCAAUUUGCAAAAAGUGUUCAAUCGCAAAAUCAUUAUCAUCAUUAUUGUAAUUUUCAGAUAACCCAUAAUCAUCAUUCUUUAAAUCAGUUAACAAAUCUUAUGUCAAACCGAACUACAAAUAAUUCAUCAUUAUUAUUACAAUUACCGGAAGUAGCAAUAAGAUCUGGAACAGAGACAUUGUCGACAAUGACCAAUCAGGUUCCAGCGUAUCAAUUAAACAGCACUUGUUUUCCAGUUGAAAAAAUUGAGAAUACGUUUCAACGUGAUAAUAAUAAUUUAUCAUUGAACAAUAUUACUACGAGAAAUGAUUAUAUGAACUUCAACUUACCAAUAACUACUACUCAAUCAUUUAUCGCAUCAUCACCAUCAUCCACCAUAUCUUCAUCAUUGGCAUUCCCCUCAUUGACCACGCAGUCUCACGGUACGAAGAAUAAAUGUAUUUAUAAAAAUUUAAGUAAUCGUAAUGUACAAAAAUCAGUAAAUAAUUUAAAAUUAUUCAAUGUCAAUGAUCAGUCAAGUCUUAAGACAUUUAAUGAUAAUCAUAAUGUUACUGACACUCCAACAAACUUAUCAGUUAUGGAUACAACGAAGGCAACUGUCAUGGGGAUUACAUCUAUAUCAAAUAACAAAGGAAUACUAUGUGGAUUAAAUAUGAAAGAUAGAAAGCCAUGUGAUAUAUGUGGUGAUGUAGCUGCCGGUUUUCACUGUAAUGCAUAUGUCUGUGAAGCAUGCAAGAAAUUUUUUAUUCGUAGUUCAAAAGGAGAAAAUUUCACUAAAUAUACAUGUACCAAGUCGAAUACAUGUGAAAUCAAUAAAGAUACACGUACACAUUGUCAGCGAUGUCGUUAUCAAAAGUGUAUACGAUUAGGCAUGGUGUUACCGGGAGCUGCGGUGUUUCCAGUUACUGAUAUAUCAGAAAUACCAUGCCGUGUUUGUGGCGCCAAAUCAUCUGGAUUCCAUUUUGGUGCAAUAACAUGUGAGGGUUGUAAGGGUUUCUUUCGACGAACAAUUAAUGAACGAGAAAGUCAACGCUACACUUGCAGAAAUGGAGGUAAUUGUGCUGUUACCGGUGCUACAAGAAAUAAUUGUAAAAGUUGUCGAUACCGUAGAUGUUUAGCUGUUGGUAUGUCAAAACAUGGCAGUCGUAUCGGUCGUCAACCUAAUGCUAUUAAACAUCGAUGUGCAGUUGAAAUUGAACAAAUUCGAUUAGCAGUAUCCAAUUCAACUGCACAUUCUAAACAAUAUUCAAAAUCCAAUUGUCCAGUAAUUUCAAAUUAUCAUUCGUCGUAUAAUUUAUUAUCUCCAGUAAAUAAUUCAUUACAUAAACUGAAUGAUUCAUUAAGUCAAGACCAUUAUAAAUAUAAAAUUAAUGAUAAUGAUAAUAAUAAUAUUAGUAAGGAGAGAAUGAUUUCAACUCAAAAGAACUGUUUAAAUCAAUCCACUAUAAAAACUACAGAUUUGACACAUUUAAUUAUAGAACCUUAUCAACAGUUGUCAACUACAGAAUCAAAUAUCAAUGUAAAACUUACAGAACAAGAUAAUGAAUUACAUGAAUUAAGUGAUAAUGAUAAUAAUCUACGAAUACCGUCAAAAGUAGAUUUUACAUCAUUAUAUCAAAAUUGUACACCUUCAGUACAUGUUCAAACAAUGUGUCAUCAAGAUUCUAAUGAAAUACAAUUCUGUGAAAAUAAUUGUUUAUCUAGUCAGGAUGAUGAAUUCAUCAUUAAUCCCACAUCACAGCUAUCUUCAACUUCAACUAAUUCUGAAGCAAUGAUUUUAGUUGUAUCAGGAACAUCGCCUCAUCCGCCACCACCACCGACAAUGACUACUACUAUUACGGCAACAAAAUCGAUAUCAGAAAGUGUAGAUUGUUUAAAUAAACAAAAAGAAUUUAAUGAAUUGAUAAAUAAUAAUUAUUCGUCAAUUGGUUUAAUAAAUUUAUCUAGAGCAGCACAAUUCUAUAGUCAACAUGAAAAAGAUUUUCAAAUACAAUACAAUGAGAGUAAUUUCGAAUCAAAUUCUGAUUUAUGCGAAAAUAGAGAUAAUAUUGUUAAAACAAGAAGAUACAAUCAAAUAUAUUUAAAUAGUACUGUUAAUAAUGAUACUACUACUACUACUACUGAUACCAUUGAGAGUAGUAAUAAUAAUCAUAAUAAAAAAUUAAGGAAAGAAGACAAAAAUAAGGAAUAUUUACAUUAUGAAAAUUUACAGUUAAAAAAAGAACCUAACCAAUGGAAUGAUACCGUGUUAAGAACAAAAAUAAUCGGCAAUGAGCCACAAUUGUCUAUGUCAAAUUGGAACAUUGCACAAGACGAUGAUAUAAAUCGGAAUAAUUUACAACGAUUCAAUCCAACAGUUAGGAGAAUUGAUUCAAAAGAAAUUCUACCAACAUUUGAGGCAAAUGUCAAUAUAAUGAAUGAGAAUUAUUGUAUUCUUGAUAAUAAUAAUAACAAUAAUAGUAAUAAUGAAUUAAAUUCGAAACAUAUGAAAAUCGAUGAAAUCGUGAACACAUCGUCAUCACCAAUAAGAAAUGAUCGAACUUCUCGUUAUUGUUCCCAAUUACCUUCAUCCCCAUUAUCAUCGCUAUCAUUGUGUAGUCCAUUGACAAAUUCCACAUUAUAUUCAACAUUAAAAUCAAAUUGUUGUUUAAAUUCAAAUGAAUCAUAUAAUUUAAAUUCAACAAUCGAUAAUUCAAUUCAUCAUUCAAUCAGUAUUAAUAAACAACAAUCUAAUGAUCCAUAUGAAUUAACUGUACAAGAUCAUAAUAAAUCGAUAUUUCAUCAUUUAAAUCAUAAUGAUUACAAUAAAUUUUCUAAUUCAACAAUCAUAACUGAAUAUAAUAGUGUACAGAAUGAAAAUUAUUUAACUAAUAUUUAUGAAGAAGAAGAAGAAUACCAAGAUCUAUGUUCAUUACCUACUAUCAAACAAUUGAAUAAUUCUCCUAUUGUUGUUAUGAAUAAUAAUACUGAUAGUAAUAAUAUUUCUAAUAAUAAUGAUGAUACAUUAGUUCAAAGUAAAAGAUGUUUAUUUAAAAAUUUACAUUCAUCAUUCACAUCCUCAGGUAGUCAAUAUUAUUCACCGUCAAAGUCCUUUUUAAAUCGAUAUCAUACAUUGGUUUCAGUUAAACCGAGAUUAUAUAGUCAAACAAAUGAUGAAGAAAAUAAUUAUCAAACAUCAAAAUUAUUAUUUCAAUUUAAUGUAGAUAAAUAUCAACAGAUGAAUAAUACUGAUAGUAGUUUAGAAAAUUUCACUACAUCUAGUCUACAUAAAGUUACUAAAAAUGAUUCAAUAAACAAUUAUUCCUGUAAUAAUAAUAAUAAUAAUAAUAAUAAUAAUAAUAAUAAUAAUAAUAAUAAUUCAAUUAAACAAGAGAAUAUUAUAGGGAAUGAAAAUCAAGCUAUGACAUCUAAUAUGUCGUCUGAAUGGACAGAUAAUGUAAACCUACGAAGGAAGGUGAUCCAUAUACCUAAACAUUCAAAACUAUAUACAACUUAUAAUAAGACAAUGUUUAGUGAUUCAACGGAAUCAUUAAUAACACCAUCAACGCAUCAAUUAAAUAUAUCACAAGAUAAAACUGAUUUUCCAAUAUAUUCAAACAAAAAAGAUGAUGAAUACACAUAUGAAUUAGGUGAUAAUGAUGAAAGAAAUCGAAUGAAAUAUAGACAAACUAGUGGUAGUAGUAGUAGUUUAUUAGAAUCACCAAUUAUAAUUAUUGAUAAUCAAUUGUCUACUUAUGAAGAUGAUCAAAUUAACAAUAGAUCAAUCAGUCCUAAUCAAAAGCAAUAUGAUCAACAACAGCAACCUCGAUUAUUAAAUUUAUUGGAGAAAAUUGAUUUAGAUAAAGAAUUAAUGAUGGAACAGUUAAAAUCAACUAAUAUUACUACUCAUUCAAGUUUAAAUAAAUGUAUAGAAGAAAUUCCAAGUAUUGAUUCUAUCAAAACUCAUUAUUCUUAUAAUACUUCAAAUAAUAUGUUCGGAAUGGUCUGCAAUAAUGAUUAUGAAUCAACUUAUAGUAAUAAUAAUAUCAAUGAUGAUACAAUAACUAAUACAUCUGUAAAUAAUAAUUUAACAUUUUCAAAAAUGUCAUCAUCACAGUUAAUUCCAAUAGCAAAUGAUAUAUUGAACACAUCAAAUUACCUGGAUUUUUAUAUGACCAGUAAAUAUACUGAUGAUAAUUCAGAUGAACACAAUGAAUCAAAUUUACAUUCAAAUCGAAGCAUAUCUGAUUUUAAUAACUCACCAGUGCAUUUGCAAUCUUCUAACAUUACAAAUGAAUGCAAUGAAACAAUACACCUAUUAAGGUUAAAUAAUCCGUCUACUCGAAACGAUGAACUUCUUCGAAAUAUUAGAAAUGCUGCAUUUCAGUUACUUCAUUGUCAGUGUAAAUUACCUGAAAAUUUACACUUCUUAAAUGAGACUAAACAAAAUCCAGAAAUUUUGUGGCAUAAUUUCAUGAAAUAUUUUGAAAGUCAUAUUUAUGAAAUCAUUCAAUUUGCCCAAUCUAUUCCUAGUUUUCAAGAACUUUCAAAGUUUGAUAUGAAAAUUUUAAUUCAACAAAGUAUCUAUCCAAUUAUUUUAAUUCAAUUAUCACAAGAUUUCAGUAAUAAUAAAACAAAAGAAUAUUUUUAUUUCAAUAUACAAUGUCAAACAAAUUUGAUAAAUCAAUUCUAUGUGUGUAAAAUACUAUUUGAACAAAUUAAUUUGACAAAUAAAUUAUUGAAAUCAUUAAAUUUAAAUGAAAUAGAAAUUGGUUUAUUAUGCUGUGUUGAAUUAUUUCAUGGAGAUGGAAAAUGUUUGAAUGAACCAAUAAAAGUAAAUGACACUUAUCAAACAAUUCUUCAAUUAUUAAAAGAAUAUGAAACAAAUCAGUUCAAUUCAGAGAAACGUUUCUAUAAAAUAAUGUCUAUUAAACAUAAUUUAGAUAGAAUGAAUAAAGAACAUCAAGAAAUAUUAAAAGUACUUAAGUAUGAAAAUAAUUAUUUGCCAUUUUCUGAUCUAUAUAUUCAAUUAUUUCAAUUAAAUGAAUUACAAAAUUUGAAUCAGAGAUCAUUUCCAAUAGUUACAUCAUAA